AUGAUGAAGCAAGUUUCUGUCAACAGCAAGAUUUCAGUAGUCAUCCUCAUCCAACAAGGACAAUUCCUGACUGAGGAGAGUUUAGCCUUAUGGUCCCCCUUGCAGGCACCACGCUCACGGCAUUGGGUUCGCAAUGGCGUCGCACCAGGCCAGGUGGGCAACGGCUCGUCGAUGGCCUCCCAGACGGACAAGCGCUGCCCAUCCGCCCCUGGGCCUCCGUGUGCGUUCCAUGGGUUACGCGUGCUCCUCGCCGGGCCACAGCCAAUAGCCGGCGGUGCCCCGGCCGGAGGUAUUGCUCUCUUGGAGUCCCGUCACCGGCGUCUCGACUGCCGGAAGCCCUAA